CAGAGAGCGCUUCGAUGACCCCUGCAUGACAUUUUCUCUGUGGGGAGUAUGAGCGCAGAAUCAUUGUUUAACUCUAUGCCCUCUGCUGUCGCUUCUCCUCGUGACUUCCUUGCUGUGCGCCAGCUGACAUGACUGUCGUUACCUAUCUCCUAUUUUGGGCGGCGUUCAGCGCCGCUCAAUCUGGUCUCUUUUAUAAUGUCACAUUUACCAAUUCCACCAGUGCGGCCGUUUCGUUCAGCAACCAUCUCUCCGAUAGCAGUAGUUCAGCAAUCUCUGUUACCAGCACCAGCACAGAAACCUCCGAUUCCAGCACAGCGAUCUCUGACACCAGCAUAACGGUAUCCCGCAGCAGCACCUCCGCAAGCAUAGUACCUGGCUCCCAGAAUCCGAACGCUUCAGGAGCACCGUCUUUGUCCAACGAGGCGACGUCUUCCACCAUCUCAGCUAACUUCGCCGCAUCGCCUACAUCCAGCACUCCUUCCACGUCAAGCCCCUCAUCUUGUCCCGGCACAACUACAGAAUCAACCCCAAAUCCGUCUACCGGCAUCGGAGACUACGUUUUCUUUGGCAUUGGGUCUUUGUCGGGUACUGGAAGCUCGCCUGGCAGCUCGACAGAGGGCUCGGUCUCCAGAUCAGCCGUGCUUAAUAACACGUCCACCACUGCUCCGUCAAGCCUAAUGUACAGCUUAGACGUGCUCAAUAUCACAUCCGCCAAUGCUCCGGCAAAUUCGACCUCCAAUGCAACUUCUCCAGUUCCCGCGGCAUUCAACUUCAGCGCUGCAGGCAAUGGCACCAAUGACCUCUUGACGACGAACUCGUCUAAUGGCACCUCCGUAAGCGUGACAGUAGUCUCGAUAAACACUACUUUUGCAAAUGCGACAUCUACGUCACCGGGCGCAUCCGCAACUGCUCUAUCGGCUCCAGAAUGCGUCGAAGGAGCAUCAUACGUCGACGACAAUGGGGCAGUCUGGAGCAUGCUCUGUAACACGAGUUCGAGUGCAGCUAUCUUGAGUGUCUCAGUACACACCAGCAGCGAUUUCACGGUAUGCUUUGCAUUGUGCGACAGCAAUCCCGGAUGCAUCUACUUUGAGUACGGCAUCGUCUUCUUGAGCUACUAUGGGUGCGUUCUCAAAACGACCAUGGGCGACCGGAUUCCAAACCCAGGUUUCACGGCGGCGGUGCUCUCAUCCGCGCUGUUCCCCGCAACCAACCAAACAAUAGUGUCCAAUUCUUCCGAUAUGGUAUUGUCUCCUUUCAACACCAGCACAUCGUCACUCAACAGCACGUCCACUAUUGCGUCUUUGAAUUGGUCACUUCCGGCAAAUGGCAGCGGAAGCGCGUACGCCAGCGCAUGUCAAACUUUGCAAGUUGCUUGGACUUCGCUUCUCAACGCUGUGCCUUUUUCGUACGCACCUAGCAUUGCGUACUUGACCUACACGAAUUGGACGGCACAGACAACGACCCUAGGGGGAUGCGACAGCUGGACCCGCCUUGUUGGCGAAUUUACUCCGAUUGGUAGCGGCUUCACGUCGACCACAAUCUGGGAGGCCGUCUCAACGCUUCCUGCUCAACCAUCACCACCAUGCUCUGUCAACCCAUCUGAUUGCGGACUUCUAUGGAGCAACUACAAUAACUAUGCCACAUCAUGGGGGUCGGCACAGAGUGCCGCGGAGACAGUAAUAGCCCUGGCUCCAUCCGCCACGGCCGUGACCAUAGGAGAUGCAACAACUUCUUUUGGAACCACACGGCUCACCACGCCACCAGUAAUUUCGUUCAAUGGGACCGACUACUCUGGGCUCGUAACCAGCUACAGCACCGUUUAUGGGUCUCCUGGAACAUCCCUCCGCUAUCAAACCUACUACGAGCUUCCGCAGGGGAAUCUUUUUGAGAAUGGAACAUUAACAUGUGCUGCCAGUGUGGUGAGCUGGGCGUCAGAUUAUUCCAACUACCCUUAUUGCAGUGAACCUGCCACAAUGUCAGGAUGCGGACAAUGCACAAUCUACGGUGGCACGGUCCAGCUCCUGUACUUCCCAGUCACUACCAAUGUGUCCCGCGAUAUGUGCGCAACCGCUCCACCAUCACCAACAACAUGUCCUCUUGGGCAUACAACUGCACCCUACACCCCUGCACCCUUGAAUCGCGGAGGCACCUGUGAGGCCUUGAUCCCGUGUCCGUACGCUACAACUAAUACGACCACAACCGAUAGUGGACCCUAUAUUGUCUCCGAAGGCAUGACGUACUAUGAGAACAGAGCUUACAUCUCCCUCCAGACAGCAUAUGCUUCCAACUCAUGCGGCAGACUUGGCACGGCCCAGAGUGGCCGCAUCCUCACGGUCGCUUCGAAUCAGGUCUACUCGCUCGAGAGAUCGAUGUGGUCGUGUGCAGACUAUGGUUAUGCUUUCUCGUUUGCCGAUUUGCUUCCUAACGUUCCUUACAGCGCGUAUAAUCUUGCCAACCCCGGUCUUCAGCCCUAUGACGAAUUCGACAACGUCGGCUGUCAACCUCUUAAUGAUCCUGGGUUUCUCUACCCGAACUGGAUGAAUCUUGAUUUUGUCAACGGCCUCCAGCUCAGGUCCUAUCAGCCGUGUGACACGCUCGCUGACCAGGCAUACAGACCCACGCUCGUUGUGCCAACCCAGAUCCGCGCCCUCGACCCUGCCUGGGCAAGCUGUGCAGUGGCACUUGAAGGUCUUUACGAUCCGCCAAAGGCUCUGCAAGAGGCUACAACAGCGGAUGGCGUUUCUAACCCUGGCAUCCAGAGUAGCACAGCUGCCACGCCAGGGAGUGCCGCAACGUCCGGGCCACAGGCCACUGCAGCAACUAUUACGGCAGCCGCCUCCGCGCAAGCGGACAGUGAUCCUGUUCCGACAAGCUCCAAUACUGGCGAACAAGCAAGUGCCCAAGCAUCGCCGUCUAUUGGUACCCAACCGACUGCUCAGCCAUCUUCACCUGCUGGCACGCAAGCAGUCGCUCAAGGAUCUUCAUCCCCUGAUUCGCAAGCAAGCGCACAAGCGGCGUCGUCGGUGGCAGACAACGAUGUAGCGGGCGUUAUAGCGUCCCUACUGGCAGGCUCCGCCACGACAGCAGGUGCUGCGGCAAGCCCAGCGAAUAGCGACUCAAGCAAUUCCGCAGCCAAUUCCGCAGGAGGUGCAAUCGCUUCACUUCUAGCGAACAGCGGCUCGACAUCGACCUCUGAAACUGGGUCCUCGGGUGCGGGUUCCGGGGGCUCUGAUGACUCUGGUUCCAGAUUGUCAGGCUCGUCACAAAUUGGGUCAUCACUUCCCGCUGCGUCGAGCGUGGCGUCAUCUGGCUCCAAUGGGCCAGGCUCUGGUUCAGGAACGUCAGACAGUGGCUCCUCCGGCUCGGGCUCCACGGGCUCAGAUUCAGGGUCGUCAGGUUCAGGGUUGUCAGGCUCGGGCUCGUUGGGCUCAGAGUCGUCGGACACAGACUCUGGUGCCGGUUUUACUGACUCGGGCUCGUCUGGGUCUGGGUCCGACUCAUCCGCAGCUACGCCGUCUGGCUCAACUUCAGGGAGCGGAUCCGCCAGCGGAGACUCUCCAGAGAACCCAUCUUCAGCGAACGGACAAGCAACCGUAGUGACUGUCAUUGGGUCGAGCACUACAGUCGCCUUGUCUCAAAUUGCAGGUUCAAGCAAUGUUGUUGUACUUGACGGCACCACCGUUUCCGUGGUGAGCGAUCCAACCGCGAUCAACAGCAUCACGCUGUCGUCCGCGCAGUCAUCGGGUGGCACUGCCAUCGCAGGAGGCGGAGUGUCCAGUAUCGUCCAAGCUGCUUUUGCUCAGCCAACCGUGGGUAACGCUGCCAGCGAUUCCGCUGUUACUGGAGCGGUGAUCAGUCUCGGCAGCUCCUCCUCACUGAACGCUGUGAUCACGGUAGUGAACGGCGCGACCGCAGUCGUUAUUGGAGACAGUACGCUAGCGGAAGGAGCCGUGGCUACGAUAGGUGUUCAAACGCCGUCGUAACCGCCCCUGAUGGACAAACGUUGGAAGCAGCCGUCAUCGGUGGAAGCACUAUUAUCCAGGGCGGUGUCGCAGCGACCAUAUCAGGACAUGCGGUCAGCUUGGGCACUGGCGGCAUUGUAAUUGAUGCCUCGCAAACACAGGCUAUUAGCGGGCUGCCUGCGACCGGCGUAGCAUCAGGCGC